AUGAAGGUUGGACUGCUUUGUCUGGCAUGGCUGGGGCUAGCUGCGGCCAUCACCUUGCAGUCCGACGAUGCAGAGCGACCAACGACAAAGGUUGUAAAGCUGCUUAAAACCAUGCAGGAGACCGUGGAAAGCGAAGGCAAAGCUGACGAGGAGACGUAUGACAAGUUCAAGUGUUGGUGUCACGAGAACACGGAUGCCAAGACCAAGGCCGCUGCAGAGGCAGAGACCACGGCUCGCGAGCUGAAGGCACGUGUUGAAGAGCUCGCCGCCCAAAGCGAGCGACUCAAGGGAGAGAUCGAGAAGGCGGAGGACGAGGUGGCCAAGAACGAAGCGGCCCUCGACACUGCCACAGAGUUGCGGAAACAGCAGAACAAGGAGUACUUGGACGAUCGUGAGCGCCUUGAAGGUGACCUUUCCGGCGUCAAGAGUGCCCAGUCCGCCAUCAGCAGCCCCGAAGCGGGUGCUUUCCUUCAGUCAAAGUCCGGUGUGGUGCGGCCGGUGCUGCAGCAGCUGAUGAAGGAUCACUUCGCCAAGCUGAGCAGGGAUGACCGAGAGACGCUGAAGUCCUUCCUGCAGCGAGGUGACGGCUUUGACGGCGUCAAGGGUGUCCUGGAUGGGCUGGUGGACGACUUCUCGCAAGAGCUGGUAACCCUCAAGCAGGACGAGGAGACCUCGCUUGCGCAAUUCACGGAGCUCUCUGCUGCCAAGGUCGCCGAGAUCAAGGCUGGCACGGCGCAGGUGGAGGCAAAGAAGGGGGAGCGCGCGGAUGCCAACGAAGAGCAUGCCCAGAAGAAGCGGGCGAUCAAGGACACCGAGGCGCUGAUGGGUGCCGACUUGUCCUUCGUGGACGAUGUGAAGAAGCAGUGUGCCGAGAUGGACGCCGAGUGGGACGAGCGCCAGAAGAUCCGUGCGGAGGAGGCCGAGGGUAUCUCCAAGGCCAUUGAGAUCCUGGACGCCGAGGACGCCCACGCCAACUUCAAGAAAACUUUCUCCUUCCUCCAGCACUCCGCGAAGUCGGAGCCCGAAGGGAAGGCGAAGGCCGCCUCCGCUGCCCGGGUGCUCGCCGAGGCAGCGCAUAGCGACCCGCGCUUGGCCGCGCUGGCCAUGCAGACAAAGAUCGACAAGUUCACGAAGGUGAAGAAGGCCAUGGACGACAUGGUCUUCACCCUGACGAAGGAGCAGGAAGAUGAGGUGAAGCAGAAGGACUUCUGCGUUCAGGAGUUCCAAGAGAAUGAGGUUGAGACCGCAGACAAGACACGGCUGAAGACCUCCCUCCUCGCCAAGGAGCAGGCCAUCGACGUGAAGAAGCCGCAGAGCGAGAUGGAGACGCUGGCAGGCGAGGUGGCUGAGAUGCAGAAGCAGCUGAAGUUGGCAGGCCAGAACCGCGAGAAGGAGAACGAGGAAUUCCAGCAGCUGGUGGAAGAUCAGCGAAAGACCCAGAAGCUGCUCCAGGAUGCUUUGGACGUGCUUGGGAAGUUCUACAAGAAGGAAGCAAUGAUCCAGCUCCAUGCGGUCCAUGCUCGUGCAGGGCCCGAGUCCCCAAACGGAUUCAAGGAUUACAAGGCGAACGAGAAAAGCUUCGGCGUCCUCUCCAUGCUGCAGAAGCUCAUCGCCGACUCCAAAGCCAUGGAAGCGGAGUCCCUUCGUGCGGAGAAGAGCGCGCAGAAGGCCUACGAGGCCUUUUCCGCCGAUACCACCGCAUCCGUGGAGAAGAAGGAGGCAGCCAUCUCAGACAAAAAGGCCGAGAAGGCCCGCCUGGAGAAGACCCUGGUUCAGACGCGCCAGGGCCGGGAGGGAGCAGAGGAUGCCCUCGAAAACUUGGCGAACACCAAGGCCGGACUCCACGAGAGCUGCGACUUUUUGAUGCAGAACUUCGAAGCCCGACAAGCAGCGCGCAGUGAGGAGAUGGACUCCGUGAAGAAGGCCAAGGCCAUCCUCUCGGGUGCCACCUUUGCCGAGAUCCAGCUCGACUGA